AUGGGAACCCCGGUGCCCACGCUCUGCUGCUUGCUACUCACGUGCGUCUGGCUGCCAGGGACAGAGGCCGCGGCGGAGUCCCUGCAGGUGCAGCUACUUGCCGCCAUGCCGCAGGCCCCCGCAGAGCUGCAGCCAGAGUCAGCCGGGGAGCCCAGUGGCAGCCACCAGGAGGGGGCCGUCUCCCUAGGGGUCGCCACAGCAGCAGUCAUGGGAAACCAGGAAGCUGGAGCGCUGGACUCCUUGGCCAUGUCUUCCUGGGAGAGGCGGCUGCAUCGUGCCAAGUGCGCUCCGUCUUACAUGUUCUCCUGUUUCAAUGGGGGCGAGUGUGUGCACCCAGCCUUCUGCGACUGCAGACGCUUCAACGCCACCGGCCCGCGCUGCCAGAUGGUGUACAACGCCGGCCCUGAGCGGGACAGCAUCUGCCGGGCGUGGGGGCAGAACCACGUGGAGACAUUUGAUGGCCUCUACUACUACCUCUCGGGGAAGGGCAGCUACACGCUGGUGGGGCGCCAUGAGCCCGAGGGGCAGAGCUUCUCCAUCCAGGUGCACAACGACCCGCAGUGCGGCCCCUCCCCGUAUGCCUGCUCCAGAUCUGUGAGCCUCUUCCUCGCGGGUGAGCAGGAGAUCCGCUUGGCCAAGGAGGUCACCCACGGAGGCGUGAGGGUCCAACUGCCACUGGUACUGGGGAGCAUGCGCCUGCAGCGCCUGGCGGGCUACGUCCUGGUGCAUCAGCGGUCAGCCUUCACGCUCGCCUGGGAUGGCGCCUCGGCUGUCUACAUCAAGAUGAGCCCCGAGUUCCUGGGCUGGACCCACGGCCUGUGCGGGAACAACAACGCUGACCCCCAGGACGACCUGGUGACGAGCUAUGGGAAGCUGACGGACGAUGUGGCAGAGUUUGUGCACAGCUGGCAGCAGCAGGCUCCCAACCAGCCCCCAGGCCCCACGACCUCCUCCCUGCCCCGCCCUCCGUGCCUGCAGCAGAGCCCAGGAACCAUGCAGGGCGUGUAUGAGCGGUGCGAGGCGCUGCUGCGGCCCCCGUUUGAUGCUUGCCACACCUACGUCAGCCCUCUGCCCUUCACGGCCAGCUGCACCAGCGAUCUCUGCCAAUCUAUGGGUGAUGAAGCCACGUGGUGCCGGGCACUGGCAGAGUAUGCCCGGGCGUGUGCCCAGGCGGGCCGGCCCCUGCAUGGCUGGCGGACCCAGCUCCGGCAAUGCACUGUGCACUGCAAGGAGAAGGACUUUACCUACAACGAGUGCAUCGCCUGCUGCCCCGCCUCCUGCCAGCCCCGGGCGUCCUGCGUGGACAGCGAGAUUGCCUGCGUGGACGGCUGCUACUGCCCCAAUGGGCUGAUCUUUGAGGACGGAGGCUGCGUGGCGCCAGCUGAGUGUCCCUGUGAGUUCCACGGGACCCUGCACCCGCCUGGCGCCGUGGUGAAGGAAGACUGCAACACCUGCACGUGCAUCGCGGGCAAGUGGGUGUGCAGCACAGCUGUCUGCCCAGCCGAGUGCUCGGUGACUGGCGACAUCCACUUCACCACCUUCGACGGCCGCCGGUACACGUUCCCCGCCACGUGCCAGUACAUCCUGGCCAAGAGCCGCUCCUCUGGAACCUUCACGGUGACGCUACAGAACGCCCCGUGUGGCCUGGACCAGGACGGGGCCUGUGUCCAGUCAGUGUCGGUGAUUCUGCACCAGGACCCUCGGAGGCAGGUGACGCUGACCCAGGCGGGGGAUGUCCUUCUGUUUGACCAGUACAAGAUCACCCCGCCCUACACAGACGAUGCCUUUGAGAUUCGGAAGUUGUCCUCCGUGUUCCUGCGUGUGAGGACUAACGUGGGCGUGCGGCUGCUCUACGACCGGGAAGGCCUGCGGCUGUACCUGCAGGUGGACCAGCGAUGGGCGGAGGAUACCGUGGGCCUCUGCGGCACCUUCAACGGCAACACGCAGGACGACUUCCUGUCCCCAGUGGGUGUGCCCGAGAGCACCCCACAGCUCUUUGGCAACUCUUGGAAAACAUUGUCUGCCUGUUCUCCGCUGGCCUCUGGCUCCCCGCUGGACCCCUGCGAUGUGCACCUGCAAGCUGCCUCCUACGCCGUGCAGUCCUGCAGCGUGCUCACGGGGGAGCUGUUUGCGCCCUGCUCUGCAUACCUGAGCCCCCUGCCCUACUUCGAGCAGUGCCGCCGGGACGCCUGCCGCUGCGGGCAGCCCUGCCUGUGCGCCACGCUGGCCCACUUUGCCCACCUGUGCCAGCGCCACGGGCUCCCCAUCGACUUCCGUGCCCAGCUGCCGGCCUGUGCGCUGUCCUGUGAGGCCACCAAGAAGUACAGCCCUUGUGUGGCCCCUUGUGGACAAACCUGCCAGGACCUGGCCAGCCCUGAGGCCUGUGGGGCUGAUGGCGGUGGUGACCUCAGCAGGGAUGAGUGUGUCGAAGGCUGUGCCUGCCCACCGGACACCUACCUGGACAUCCAAGCUGACCUCUGUGUCCCCAGGAACCAGUGCUCCUGCCACUUCCAAGGAGUGGACUAUCCCCCCGGAGACAGCGACAUCCCAUCCCUAGGCCACUGCCAUUGCAAAGAUGGAGUCAUGAGCUGUGACAGCAGAGCCCCAGCUGUGGCCUGCCCAGCGGGCCAGGUCUUCGUGAACUGCACUGAGCUGCAGGCAGACCCAGAGCUGAGCAGGGAGCGGACGUGUGAGCAGCAGCUGCUGAACCUGAGCAUGCCAGCCCGGGGCCCCUGCCUCUCGGGCUGUGCCUGUCCCCAAGGCUUGCUCAGACACGGAGACGCGUGCUUCCUGCCGGAGGAGUGCCCGUGCACUUGGAAGGGGAAGGAGUACUUCCCUGGGGACCAGGUGAUGUCUCCCUGCCACACCUGCAUGUGUCAGCGGGGCUCGUUCCAGUGUACCGUGCACCCCUGUGCUGCCACCUGCACAGCCUACGGUGACCGGCAUUACCGUACCUUCGAUGGGCUCCCAUUUGACUUCGUGGGCGCAUGCAAAGUGCACCUGAUCAAGAGCACGUCAGACGUCAGCUUCUCUGUGAUCGUGGAGAACGUGAACUGCUACGGCUCCGGCGUCACCUGCAGGAAGUUCAUCUCCAUCAGUGUCGGGGACUCGCUCGUUGUCUUUGACGACGACUCAGGAAACCCCAGUCCCGAGAGCUUCCUGGAUGAGAAGCAGGAGGUGCACACAUGGCGUGCGGGGUUCUUCACGCUGGUACACUUCCCGCGGGAACACGUCACCCUCCUGUGGGACCAGAGGACCACGGUGCACGUCCAGGCGGGGCCGCAAUGGCAGGGCCAGCUGGCAGGCCUGUGUGGGAACUUUGACUUGAAAACCAUCAAUGAGAUGAGGACCCGGGAGAACCUGGAGCUCACUAACCCCCAGGAGUUUGGCAGCAGUUGGGCUGCAGUCGAGUGCCCAGAAACCUUGGAUCCCCGGGACACAUGUGUCCUGAAUCCUCUCCGAGAGCCAUUUGCCAAGAAGGAAUGUGGCAUCCUGCUGAGCGAGGUGUUUGAGACAUGCCACCCUGUGGUCGAUGUCACUUGGUUUUACUCCAACUGCCUGACGGAUACCUGUGGGUGCAGCCGGGGUGGCGACUGUGAGUGCUUCUGUGCCAGCGUGUCCGCCUACGCCCACCAGUGCUGCCAGCACGGGGUGACCGUCGACUGGCGCACCCCGCGCCUCUGCCCCUACGACUGUGACUUCUUCAACAAAGCGCUCGGUAAAGGCCCCUACCAGCUGUCCAGCGUGGCGGCCAGAGGCGCGCUGGUGGCCAUGCGGGCAGAGGGCAAUGGCAUAGCCCUAGUGGAGGAAGAGGGUGUGGUGCCAGGGGACCUCGUGAACUUCCUGCUGACCGCUGCUCUGUACAAGGCCAAGGCCCACGACCCGGAUGUAGUGUCACUGGAGGCUGCCGACAGACCCAACUUCUUCCUCCACGUCACAGCCAAUGGGUCAGUGGAGCUGGCCAAGUGGCAGGGCGCCGAAGCCUUCCAGCGCCACGCCUCCUUCCUGCUGCACCGGGGCACAUGGAGGCUGGGCCAGGUGGCCCUGGAGUCCCUGGCGAAGCCCAGCUCCUUCCUGUCAGCGGUGGUGGGCGCUGCACUGGCCCUGCGGCCAUACGAGCACACUGAGGCCUUCCGCCAGGGCACGCUCUUCCGCCUCCUGGAGGCCAAGCCCUCAGGGGCCGCCUACCCCAUCUGCGAGUGGCGCUAUGAUGCCUGCGCCAGCCCCUGCUUCCAGACCUGCCGGGACCCCCAAGCGGCCAGCUGCCAGGACGUGCCCAGGGUAGAAGGCUGUGUCCCCAGGUGCCCCCCGCCUAAGGUCCUGGAUGAAGUCACGCAGAGAUGUGUCCGCGUGGAGGACUGUGUGGAGCCAGCAGCUUUGGUCCCCACAGAUGCCCUGGGCAAUGAGACCCUGCCUCCCAUCCCGGGUGACAAGGAGCCACUGCUUCCACAGGAGACCCCCAGGGCCCCCACUCACAGGACAGCCCUCCUCUCCACAGCCCUGCACCCACAGGUGGCAGCCACUGAGAAGCUGAUGCUGAUGCCACGCCCCUCUCAGUCCACCCUGCAGCAGCCACUGGGCCUCACUGCCUCCAACCUUCCUGCCCACCCCACGGAAGCCCUGGCUGGCAAAGGGGUGACCGCCAGCCUCCCGUUCAGCCCUCACACCCCCGGGUCCUCGUCCCUCCCCGUUGCAUUGCAAACAUCCCCACCGGGCACAGUGCCCAGUGCUGUGGUGACGGCUAGGGUAACCGUAACCUCUGCAGGGACCUUUAAUGCCACACUCUCCUCCCGUUCACCUCCUGCUCCUCGUCUCCCGCUCCUGACCAAAGCUGUGACAGUCCCGGGCCCUGGCUCCUGGGGGAGUCCCUCCUCCAGGCCUGUGGCUCUCCCUGGAGUGACCUCCAGGCCCCCUGCCUCCUCGGGCUCUCACAAGGCUUUGCUGACACCAGCAGAGACUAAAGUCUCCAGUAAGACAGGGCCCCCCCGGCUCCCCCAGGUCCAAGGCGUUUCCAGUCCCAGCAGCCCCCCGGCCAUGGCUGCAACAGCAGCACCUCAGGCACCUGUUAGUCCCCUUGUAACCGACGUGCUGGAGAUGCUGUCACCCUCAGAGAAGGACAGACCUGGGCAUGGCCAGCCGGGGGCCCUGCCAGCAUCCCCACCUCCAAGCCCAGCCCCUACUGCCUCGCCCCAGCCAGCCCGACCCACCACCACCGCCCCCAGGCCUCCAGCACUGGCCCCAGGGACCCCGGCUGCCACUGGCCUGUCCACAGUUGCUCGUGGGCCAGGGGCCACUCCCUUCGUGUCCCUGGACUCCACUCUGCCAUCUGAACUCCUCUCUGGCCUACCUCCUGAUACCAGCCUGCCCCUGGCCAAGGUGGGCACAUCUGCCCCAGUGGCCACACCUGGCCCCAAAGGCUCUGUCACCACCCCGUCGCUCCGUCAACAGGUCACGUCCCUGGCUGUGGCCACCACUCCACCUGCUUGGGUCCUCAGCCCAGCGCUGCCUCGCACCCCAGCCGGGGUGGCCCAGGCACUGCCACCCAGUCCCGCAGUCCCCCAGGCUAUGGGCACGGCUCCAAGCCUGCCUCUCAAAGCCACGGUGCCAACUUCAGGAGUCACGGCUGUGGCUGUUGGGGUGGCCUCCACAGGAGCUGUGGCCCCCCAAAAGAGUCCCACAGAGGAGCUGGCCAUACCAUCCAAGCAGGUGGCCCUGCCCACCUCUGCCUAUGGCUCUGCCCAGGGAGGGCCCACAGAGCUCACGCCUGCUGUGGCUCCCACGCGUACUCCCUUGGUGACUGAGGCCGAGGGCCCCCGGGCUGGCACAGUGCCCUCAGGGCCCACAUCCCACCCCCUGAGCCGCCUCUCAGCCAGAACGGCCUCCCGGGAGAGCUUGCUGGCAGAGGCCCAUGGGCCCUCCAGCCGGCCUCGGCCUGCAGCGGGCCCGGCGGCUGAGGCCACCACGGAGCGGUCUGGACGCUCAGCCCCGGCACACAGCAGCGCGGCAGGUUUGGCUGAAGCCUUGGCAACCACCGUGGAGGCGACCACCUCUGCCACCUGUGUCCCAAUCGCCGAGCAGGACUGUGUCCGCCACAUCUGCCUGGAGGGCCAACUCAUCCGCGUGAACCAGUCCCAGCACUGUCCCCAGGGGGCUGCACCCCCUCGCUGUGGGGUCCUGGGCCUUGCCGUGCGGGUCGGCGGGGACCGCUGCUGCCCCAUCUGGGAGUGUGCCUGCCGGUGCUCGAUCUUCCCCGACCUGAGCUUCGUGACCUUCGACGGGAGCCACGCAGCCCUGUUCAAGGAGGCCAUCUACGUCCUCAGGCAGAGCGCAGGCGACUCGGUCACGGUCCACGUCCUUGACUGCAAAAGCGCCAACCUGGGGCACCUGAACUGGCCCCCGUUCUGUCUGGUGAUGCUGAAUGUGACUCACCUGGCCCAUCAGGUCACCAUUGACCGCUUCAGCCGGAAGGUGACUGUGGACUCGCAGGCUGUGUGGCCCCCUGUGAGCAGGUAUGGGUUCAGGAUUGAAGACACGGGCCACAUGUACGUGAUCCAGACACCCUCACACAUCCAGAUCCAGUGGCUUCACAGCUCGGGACUCAUGAUCCUGGAGGCCAGCAAAGCCAGCAAGGCCCAGGGCCGUGGCCUGUGUGGCAUCUGCGAUGGAGACGCAGCCCAUGACCUCACCCUGCAGGACGGCUCCGUGGUGGGGGAGGCGGAGGACCCUGCUCCCUUUCUGGAGAGCUGGCAGGUGCCCAGCUCUCUGACCUCCGAGGGCCAGACUCGAUUCCGCCCAGACAGCUGUGCCACGGCUGACUGCUCACCCUGCCUUCGCAUGGUGUCCAAUCGCACCUUCAGCGCCUGCCACCACUUUGUCUCCCCAGAGUCCUUCUGUGAGCUGUGGAUCCGGGACACAAAGUACGUGCAGCAGCCCUGUGUGGCACUGACCGUGUACGUGGCUAUGUGCCACAAGUUCCACGUGUGCAUCGAGUGGCGGCGCUCCGACUACUGCCCCUUCCUGUGCCCCAGCAACUCCACUUACCAGGCGUGUGUGGCAGCCUGCGAGCCCCCUGAGACCUGCCAGGAUGGGGUGCUGGGCCUGCUGGACCCGGAGCAGUGCCAGGUGCUGGGCGAGGGCUGCGUGUGCUCGGAGGGCACCCUCCUGCACCGGCGCCAUGCGGCGCUCUGCGUCACUGACGACAAGUGUGCUUGCACCGACAGCACUGGGGUGCCGCGGGCCCUGGGGGAAACAUGGAACAGCUCCCUCAGCGGCUGCUGCCAGCACCAGUGCCAAGCCCCAGACACCAUUGUCCCCGUGGACCUGGACUGCCCUGGCCCCCGCCCUGAGAGCUGCCCACGCUUCGGGGAGGUGGCCCUGCUCGUGCCCACCGAGGACCCUUGCUGCCUGGGGACUGUGUGUGUGUGCAACCAGACUGUGUGUGAGGGCCUGGCACCCACCUGCCGUCCUGGCCACCGACUCCUCACCCACUUCCAGGAGGACUCCUGCUGCCCUAGCUACAGCUGUGAGUGUGACCCAGAUCAGUGUGAGGCGGAGCAGGUCCCCAGCUGCCGUGAGGACCAGAUCCUGAUCACGGGCCGCCUGGGGGACUCGUGCUGCACCUCUUACUUCUGCGCCUGCGGCGACUGUCCAGACCCCAUCCCCGAGUGUCAGGAAGGGGAGGCGCUCACUGUGCACAGGAACACCACGGAGCUCUGCUGCCCUCUGUACCAGUGUGUGUGCGAGAGCUUCCGCUGCCCCCAAGUGCGGUGUGGCCUGGGCACGGCCCUGGUGGAGGUGUGGAGCCCGGACCGCUGCUGCCCCUACAAGUCCUGCGAGUGUGACUGUGACACGAUCCCGGUGCCCCGGUGCCAUCUGUGGGAGAAGUCCCAGCUGGACGAGGAGUUCAUGCACAGUGAGGAGAACGUGUGUGGCUGCGCCAAGUACGAGUGCGUGAAGGCCCCCGUGUGUCUGAGCCGUGAGCUGGGAGUGAUGCAGCCGGGCCAGACGGUGGUGGAGCUCUCGGCAGAUGGUGUGUGCCACACCUCCCGCUGCACGGACACGCUUGACCCCCUCACCAGCUUCUACCAGAUCAACACCACCUCUGUGCUGUGUGACGUCCACUGCGAAGCGAACCAGGAGUAUGAGCACCCGAGGGACCUGGCGGCCUGCUGCGGCUCCUGCAGGAACGUGUCCUGCCUCUUCACCUUCCCCAAUGGCACCACGUCCCUGUUCUUGCCUGGGGCGUCCUGGAUCGCGGAGUGUACACGCCACCACUGCGGCAGCACCCCUCUGGGCGCCGUGCUCGUCCGCUCACCCAUCAGCUGCCCCCCACUCAACGAGACUGAGUGUGCCAAGGUUGGGGGUUCCGUGGUGCCUUCCUUGGAAGGAUGCUGCAGGACAUGUAAGGAAGAUGGACGCUCCUGCAAGAAGGUGACCAUCCGCAUGACCAUCCGCAAGAACGACUGCAGGAGCAACACCCCUGUGAACCUUGUCUCGUGCGAUGGGAGGUGCCCAUCUGCCAGCAUCUACAACCACAACAUCAACACAUACGCCCGCUUCUGCAAGUGCUGCCGAGAGGUGGGGCUGCAGCGGCGCUCUGUGCAGCUCUUCUGUGCCACCAACGCCACCUGGGUGCCCUACACGGUCCAGGAGCCCACCGACUGUGCCUGCCAGUGGUCCUGA